UUAUUCGCAAGCAGAUUGAUUCGGGUAACUUCCCCAUCGAUGCUUCUGCGAUUUACGCCGUCCUAACGAGUCCGGACGUGCGAUUGGGCGACAGUUCCCAAGGCUUCUGCGGGCCGCAGGGGUACUGCGGGUGGCACUCGACCGCGUCGAACGGGCGGAGCGAGCUGAAAGUGAUUCACGUGGGAAACGGGGGACAGCAAUGUCCUCAAUAUUGCGUGCCUUCCUACAACACACGCACAUCUCCGAACAGUCAUCCGGGUGUGGAUGGGCUGAUAAACACUCUAGCGCAUGAGAUGGCUGAGACGGCCACCAACCCGCUUAUAGACAAUGGCUGGUUCGAUAUAAGCACCUUGGAGGAGAUUGCGGACAAGUGCGCGCGGCUGUACGGACAGAAGGGCAAGGAUGUGGUUCUCUCUCAACAGGGAUACGCUUAUAAUGUGCAGGGAAAAGCAGGGUCACACUAUCUGUUACAGCAGCUCUGGAGCCGAGCUUCUCCCCAAAAGUGUGUCGUGCUGGGUCCAGCCUGA